UCGAGCUGAAAAGAUCACUGCUUUUGUACGGGGCAAAAGUUGUGUCGGAUACCGUAUUUUUUGAACGAAAAAUACAAUGACAGUGUUGAGAUAAAUUUGACAUUUCCGGUGGUCAUAACGGUUUAGUCUGGUUAAUAGCAAGAAAUAUUGAUUUAACUUUCAAUUCGGCACUGCGCCGGUAACUGCACGGUUGGAAGUCACAACUGCCACAGAUGUUCACUUGGAGGGACAACAUUAAGAAUUAAUAGCACGCUAUGUCCACUCUUCAACUGCACGACAGAUGAAAAGCAAGCAAUUCACGCUUCAAAAUCAUAGCAUUUAAAUUACCAAUUUUGCAAUAACUGUGAGUGUCAAAAUCAGGAUAAAUCAUAAUGUUGAGUCCCAAGGCCGCAGCGUUCAGCGUUGAGGCAUUAAUGAGUGAUGACAAGGGCAAAAAUUCAACGCUUCGAACCAACAGCAACUCGCGUUCAACGAGCCCAAGUAUCAAAGACGAGGUUCUCUUCACAGAUAGUGAAAAUGGAUGGCUGUCUAUGAGAGGAAAAGAGUGUAAAGUCUUUCCUUUUAAAGUUCAGCAUUCAACCGGGAAUCCGAGUCCAACAAGUUUCUCAAAAUCUUCCACUUCAAGAUUACUUUACAGCGAAAAACCGCCUCGUGGUUCCGGCAUAAAUUCAGACUCGGGAAUUUCAGAAAUCCUGUACCAGAAUAGAAACGGGCAUCAUGAACAGCCACUUGAAAAAGAGUUGAAAUGCUUAUCAAAAACUUCAGCCUACAGUCAAGCGGAAGCCGAUGACAGGCUCAUCAGUGGGCCAAGUUGUAGAGAUCAACCAAAUGGUUUACAUCAAAAUUCGGUUUCUUACCCAUCUUUUUUUAAUUUGGACAAUUUAGAAAGAGACCAUGAAAAUUCUAUAAGGAGGCCAAGACAAUCCUUUUCUUCAGAUUCAGAAACAAUAUAUCGAGAAGCCGGUGAAUUUCGACCUCGCAGGAAAGUGAAGAAACUUCAGACGAUGCGGAAGAACGGUUUCGUGAGCCAUCGGUUGCAAGGCGAAACCAGUGCACUCCACCUUGCCCAAAACUUAUCGCAACAAAAAUAUGAACUGGAAAGCAAUUACAGUUCGGGAGAUCCAAUCAGGCAUUUUUUUCAUCCUUCUUUGAGCUCACUGAAUAAAUUCAUCUGCAGUUUGAAUCCACAUGCCGGCGAGCUGGGAUCUCCUCGCUCAUUUUUUGGACCGAUUCAAGGUCCAUUUGAGGGAAAUCCCAAUUAUCAACCAUUCCCCAACCCUCUCAUGCCCUUCAUCACAUUACCCGACCUAAAACAUGAUAUCAACAACCGUGCACCAACGCAAGCCGACACCAAAGAGAAAGACUCUUGUCCCACUGCCAACAGCACUCCGCUGAUCUUGGAUGAAAAUGAGUGCGCAUCUCCAAAUGUACUGAGAUCCAUCCUGCAGGCGCAACAUGCGUCAGGUCCUGAAACGGUAUUCCGUGCUUGUGAUGACCUGCAGAGACUGGUGAGCGGUCCGUGGAACGAUAGACUUUCAAAUCGGGGCGCAUGCGACGUGAGUCCUCAGGGUGAAGAAGAGGUGGUGCGACUAGUAGGUGGCGUCACCGUCCAACUCCUUCAGUCAGACCUGUGGAGGAAAUUUCACAGCCACGGCACCGAGAUGAUCAUUACCAAAAUUGGCAGGCGAAUGUUCCCGGUACUGCGUAUCCGUAUCAGCGGUCUAGAUCCUGAUAAGAUGUAUCUGCUUUACGCCGACAUGCAGCCCGUCGAUAACAAGCGCUACAGAUACGUGUACCAAAGCUCGCGCUGGCUGGUGGCGGGCGUCGGAGAAAACCAAUCGAGAGCCGAAGCCAAAACCGACCGCACUCCCAAACAACGGGAAUCGAUUCCAGUUCCUGAUAGAACUCCCAUCGGCACUCGCAGUCGUAAGAGUGAUGUGCUGUAUAAUGAGAGCGGAACUCCCAACUCUAAGAAAAUUUCCAUUGCAAAUAUUGCGAACAGCGAUCAGGGGAUUCCAACUGGUGAUGAUAUUCACAGCACAACGCCAAUUCCAAGUGAUGCUGGCAUUCCCAGCACAGAGGAUAUUCCAAGAGGUGCCGGUGAUGGCAGCAAGAUUCCCCUUUACGGGGAGGAGAGUGGGGCGGGGCUAUACAUGCACCCUGACAGCCCAGCACUGGGGUCUUGCUGGAACGGUGCUCAUAGCAUCGCUUUUGACAAACUCAAGUUAACCAACAGCAGCACCAGCAGCGGACAGAUUUGUCUUCACUCGAUGCAGAAAUAUCAGCCAAGGAUUUGGAUUCAGGAAUACCAGGAUGCUCCAGAAAUCUCUGAUUCUCUUUUGGGAACAAAAAAUAGGAAUCGGGAAUCUUGCCGAGUUCCUGGGCAGAAUUCUACGUUGUUCUCAUUCCCGGCGACUCUGGCGGAGGUGGACGGUGGGGAUGUGGGAGGCCGCAGGAAGGGCCCCAGGCUCGCCUCCCCAGAGUGGUUGACGAAGAUCGACCGACAGACGGCGCAGGUGGCGGUCUUCCCCGUCACCAGCUUCAUAACCGUCACCGCCUACCAGAACCAGCAGGUGGUCGUGGUGACAGCUGGUGCACGACUGGUGAAAAGUGAUGCAUGA